AUGAUAGAGAAAGCUACCGGCGAAACCAAGAAUACUGCCACGAAAGCGUCAACAUACCUACGAGCUUGGACAAACCAUCCUGUUGGCUAUCCUCGCUUAUCUGAACGCAUCUCGUUCAAGCCGGAAACCGGCAUAUACCGCCGAUUCGAUGGGCUCAAUGCACGCCAUUUACUAUAUCUGCAAGCCGAACUCUGUAUGAUGGAAAAGGACCUACACUAUCUUGAGCAGCAAGACAAUAAAGGUACUGCUGGCAAGAGAUCGAAUUACGCAACCGACUAUCAGUGUAUGCUCGAAGAGCCGCAUGGCGAACAAUCAGAGCAGUUAAUACUGAUUGGAAGAAUGCAUGAGAAGCUCAAUCAGUACAAUAAAGCUCUCAUCCAAGUCUCGAUUCUUCAUCAGCUGAAAGCGCCAGAUCGCUUUGAUCUUCACGAUCUUCAAAGCUUCUUGGACGGUGUGGAAAUGGGUCCCGACCACUUGACCGGUGGUGAUGCACAUACCUGGGGUACAAAGAAGAACCCCAACAACCACCCUCCAGAUUUGGUUGGUGUACAUCCUCGUCAGAUUCCGGACAAAUUUUCUCGGAUUGUUUCCGAAAAGGCGAUCCAUCUCUUCAAGUGCGGGCUCGGGCUGUUCACGAAAAACAAUUCGCACCUCGGCGGCAAGGUAUACUACGACAGAAAGGUCGUGAAGAUCACGCUAUGGGUCAGCUCGAUGAUUGCUGCAGUGUUGCCGAUAGCAUCUAUCCUCGUGUUGAUUCAGCUUGAUACGUUAAAGGCGAAACUUUGGACGAUUGCAGCUUUCAACGUUGGAAUGAGCUUUUGUUUGACGUUUUUCGCUGAAGCCAAGCGAGCCGAAGUUUUCGCUGUGACAUCUGCGUACGUACCAUGCGUUCAGUGA